AUGGCGGCUCACGUUCUCGGCUCCCUGCUCGCUGGUGUCAGGGCUGGAUCACCCGGUGGCAAACUUCCCCUGGGAAUUGUAAUCAGAGUAUUGAGAUCUGCUUUUGCCGCCGCGGUGACACCUCCCAACGCCGCGGCGAGACGGUCCAGAUGUGUGCACUCAGACAAAGCCCACUUCAUCAUAAUGGCGCUCUGUCACAGCGGAGUGAAGCCUCUUGUAAUGAAUAAUUAUAGCUCUGGGAAGGUGCACCGAGGCGGCAGGUCACUGUGGUUGAAGCCACAGGCCUGGUGUCCUGUGUCGCCCCUGACACCAGUGGACCUGUUAAUAAAGCCACUGCACACUGAGAUCAAAGAGCAGAUUGGACAGUCUGUGUGA